AUGUAUGGUGAUCGAUGCAUCGGUAUUGUUGGUUGUGGCAAUAUGGGCUUUGCUCUUGCUCACCGUUUAUACUUAUGCGGCUUUACAGUAAUAAUGGGUAGUCGUUAUCCAGAUAAGCGAAGUGGCACAAAAUUUGAAAUAGUCUCAACUGUUGAAUGUAUUCGUCGUUCGCCUAUUAUUUUUGUUGCUAUUCAGCCGGAGCACUAUAUCGAUUCUUUUGUGUCACAUCUAGAGCACGAGUCGUCAUUGUUUGAUGGGAAAAUUCUUAUUGAUCUAUCAAAUCAACCUUCUGAAAAAUUGCAUUCAAACGAUUUUUCCAAUGCGGAACGACUUCAAAAGGCAAUACCUAAUGCUUCUGUUGUCAAAGCAUUCAAUACUAUCUCAUCGUUUGUCAUGCAAAGUGCAACAGCAGGUGAACCACACAAUGUCCUCGUUGCUAGUGAUCAUUCAAUGGCCAAAGAUAAAGUAAUAACACUUGCACGUGAAAUGAAUUUCGAUUCGUUUAAUGCGGGUUCGAUUCGAGCGGCGCGUCGUCUUGAAACUGAUACUAAAUCUCUGUUCCCUCAAUGGCACAUACCUGUUGUUGUUACAUUUGCCAUUUUAUCCAUUUGGCUUACUUACACCCUCUGCAUGAGAUUUAUCAAUACUCGUACAACUUCAUGGAAUCAACUCUUUUUACACAUGGUCAAUAAAACGUUAUGUCCAAGUGCUAUCACUAUGCUUGCCAUUGUCUACAUGCCAUCGAAUCUUGCAUGUGUAUUUCAAUUGGCUUACGGAACUCGAGAACGACGAUUUCCAAUGUGGUUAGAUCGAUGGUUGUUAAUCAGAAAACAACUCGGUAUAUUAACAUUUGUUAUAGCUCUUUCUCACUCUAUUAUCACAAUCAUUCUUAUAACACCUGCUUAUUACUCUUCAUGGUUUCAUCCUGUUGAAAUGAUGGUUUCGAACGUUCAGAAUCAGACACGUAUCGUGUUGCGUGGUAGCCUCAUGACUGGAACAGGCGAAUUAGCAGCUCUGUUAGGUAUGUUAGCUCAACUGUUUAUGUCCAUUCUGGCUAUAACAAGUAUUCCUGCGGUUGGAAAUCUAUUGAAUUGGCGAGAGUGGCGCUUUGUACAAUCCAAACUCGGCACUAUGACAUUAUUGCUUGCUAUUGGACACGUUGUUGCGAUGGCUAUGCCAUACUGGAUAAGAAUAGGAUUUGUCAAAUCACUCUAUAGCCUUGGUUUACUGUGCUUAUAUCUUCCGGCCGUGACUAUCUUGCUAAAAUUCAUGUUCUGGCUACCUUGCUUUGGUCGUCCACUUUAUCGAAUUCGUCGUGGAGAAGAUGAUACAAAGGAAAUUGAACAGUCAAAUCAAAAUACCAAAAUAUGA